AUGCCGCUCGUGAAGAGGGACGAUGACCCAGAAGAUACGCUUGACGAACUACUACAAGAUAAGGCUCGCAUUGAAGAGCUCCCUUCCAACGACGACGACGCAUACGAAGACGUAGAAUCCGACAACUCUGGCAUCCCAUUCCCAGGCAGACCAUCGAAGGCUGAACGAAGAAGAGAGGAAUCCUUGCCACCAUGGCUGCAAGCCGCGACUCUCAACCUCUUCCACGACGAGCUGCAAACGACGACCUCGGAAGCACAAACGAAAGUUACCGCCGACUGCCUUCCUCUUCUCACCGGCAGAGAUACGCAAGGUCUUCCACUGAACAGCCAUGGCCUCCCGCACCUACGCCGCGAACAGCAUGUCAACUUUCUCCAUUCGCAGCUCGGACCGUUCCCAGCGCCGUAUGUGGCGAUCGACGCCAGUAGGCCGUGGUUCUUCUACUGGACUAUGGCCGGUCUUAGCAUUUUGGGUGAAGACGUACGCCAAUUCCGCGACCGUUUGAUGGAGACCGUCCGCCCACUGCAGAACAAGACCGGCGGCUUCGGAGGCGGACAUGGACAGUACAGCCAUUGCGCCGGCAGCUACGCAACCGUCCUCGCCCUCGCUACGAUCGGAGGACUGGACAUGAUUGACCGCAAAGCGAUGUGGGAAUGGCUGGGCACGGUCAAGCAAGCGGACGGCGGCUUCCGCAUGGCUGUAGGAGCGGAAGAAGAUAUUCGCGGCGCUUACUGCGCCAUGACGAUCAUCACCCUCCUCAACCUCCCCCUCGACCUCCCACCCGACGCUCCAGCGCGCAAAGCAGAUCUCACCACCUUCACAGACCGCCUCGGCGAAUGGGUCGGCCGCUGUCAAUCCUACGAAGGCGGCAUCGGCGGCGCUCCCACCAACGAAGCCCACGGCGCCUACGCCUUCUGCGCCUUAGCAUGUCUGAGCAUCCUCGACGCACCGCACGUCAGCAUACCCAAGUACCUCGACGCUCCGGCUCUGCUGUCCUGGCUCGCGGCGCGGCAGACGCAGCCGGAAGGCGGGUUUCAGGGUCGACAGGAGAAAUUGGUCGAUGCGUGUUAUGCACAUUGGGUGGGCGGGUGUUGGGAUUUGAUUCAGGCUGCUGUUGCUCCUGCCGCUUCAAACGGGAUGAAUGCGGAUGUCUGGAACCGCGCAGCCCUGAUCCGGUAUCUCUUGACCUGCUGCCAGCAACCGGGUAAGAAGGGCGGGAUGCGGGAUAAACCUUCCACUCGGCCAGAUGCGUAUCAUACGUGUUACUCGCUCGCGGGGCUCUCGCAUGCGCAGAAUCAUUACCAGUACGACAAGGCAGCACCCACUAGGGAUGGCGAAAAGGGCAGGUUGACGGCGGCUUUCAACUGGACGGCGGAGAAGGCGACGGAGACGGAGUUGCAGGGGUGGAGGAUUGAGAGGGAGGAUGUGGUGGAGUUUGUGCAUCCGGUGUUUGUGCUGCCGAUGGGGGUGGUGGAGGAGUGUCGGGGGUUGUUUGAGGGGGUGGGGAUCUUGGAAGGUGCGGUCAUCCCGCGGGUCGUUGGCGAAAAUGCCAUGAGUUGUGACGCUGGUUUGGAUGGGGUAUAG